AUGCAUCUUCCAAAUCCUCUCUCCCGGCGGUCCAGACAGUCCUUACUUUCACUGCCUGUGAUCAUUACCCCACCACCACUACCGCGAUUCGCGAUCACUCCCCCACAGAAGUCAGGUGUCAAUAAGCUUGUUUUCCCUCCCUCCCACGCAGCUAACCUGCCCUCCGCACCAGCACUCAUUAGGCUGCAACCUCUUCUCGACACCCUCCGCCAGCAGCACACGCAGCUGCGCGCUCAGAACGACAAGCUUGUGCGUGUGGGCGUCGCCAUGGAAGGCACACUACGGCCCGUGGAGGAGGGGAUGCGGAUUGAGCGGGAGAAGCGGGCAGCGGAGGAGGCCGCCGGGAGGACAAAAUAUGGGGGCGGGAGGGGCGCGGGAGAGGAAGGAAGGGGUGAUGAAGGUGUUAGGAGUGUGGGGGGCAAAUGA